AUGCUAACAAGUAUUCUUAUUGCUGUAUUUAUCACAUUAGUUGUUGUAUAUUUAUGGCAUAUUCAUCGAACUUAUAGUUUUUUUAUUCGACUCGGUAUUCCAGGUCCAUCGACAACAUUUUUUUUUGGCAAUUUUCCCGAAUUCAUCAAAACAAAACGUUUGUCAUUAUGUCUGAAAGAAUGGACGAAAAAAUAUGGUCGAGUAUUUGGCUACUUUGAAGGACAUACACCAAUUCUUAUCGUCUCCGAUCCAAAUAUUUUACAAGAUAUAUUUAUUACAUCAUUUUCAAACUUUCAUUCACAUCGUGAAUAUACAUUCGAUCAACCACAUGAGAAAGAAGGUCAUCUAUUUAUUGCUCAAGGUCUUCGUUGGAAACGGCAACGAUUUGUUAUUAAUCCAACAUUUUCAUCCAUCAAACUCAAACAAAUGUCUCCAUUAAUUAAUCAUAGUAUCGACGCAUUAAUGAAAAAAUUAACUGAACAAUAUCAACUUGGCGAACCAUUUGAUAUUUAUGCAUUUUUAAAACGCUUUACAAUGGAUACUAUAUGGUCAUGUGGAUUUGGUCUUGACACAGACAUGCAAAACAAUCCGAAUGAUCCAUAUCUUAUUCAAUCACAACGUGUAUUCAGUGCAGAAAAUGCUUAUAGGAAGAUUGUACUUUUGUCUCUGUUCAUGCCUGAAUUCAAGUGGUUUUGGAUUACAUUAGACGCGGUAGAUAAUAUCGUGCGCAGAUGGCUUCGGCAUUAUGUUCCUCUAGCACGCAAGCUGAUCACUGAUGAUCCAAUUAUAUGGAUAAAGAAACAAGCGCAAGAACUAAUCAAGAAAAGAGUUAAUUUGGGUUACACAAGCCGAAUGGAUCUAUUACAAUUGAUGCUUGGAUCAGCAUCGGACCAAGAGUUCAUUGAAGAUCGUUCGGCACCAACUGAUGUUACUACGGACACAGAGAUCGAAGCACCACCACUUGUUCGGAAGAUUACCAAACAUGAAAUUGCCGGUAACAUUUACCUCUUUAUGAUCGCCGGAUAUGAAACAACAAGUACUGCACUAGCUUAUGCUUGUUAUGUUCUUGCAACUAAUCCUAAUGAACAAAUAAAAUUACAAGAACAUAUCGAUUCUCAUUUCAAUCCGGACACAGACAAUGAUAUGCUCAGCUAUGAAACAAUUUCGAAAAUGGAAUAUUUAGAUAUGUUCAUUCGAGAGGUUCUUCGUAUGUAUCCAAUUGCACCAAUUGCCAGCAAUCGACAAAGUGUAGAAGAUUUUCAUAUUAGUCAUUUCGGUACGAUUCCUGCUGGAACAAUUGUCGGUAUUGAUAUUUAUAGUGUACAUUUUGAUUCUGAUCUAUGGGGUCCAGUUGAUCCGAAUGUAUUUUAUCCAGAACGAUUUGCUACAAAAAGACAUCCACUCGCAUGGAUUCCAUUUGGUAGUGGACCACGAAAUUGUGUUGGCAUGCGCUUUGCAUUGAUGCAAAUGAAAUUAGUUCUUAUUCGCUUGCUAAAAACUUAUUCAGUCAUUGAAUGUGGUAAACAAACACACAGAUCAACUGAAGAACUGGAUGAAAUUGUCACUAUUGCACCGAAAAAUGUCAUAGAAAAACGUACACAUUAUCAAACAAACAUUAUUUCAAAAUCUACUGCAUCCUCACCUUUGUCUUCUAUAUCUGCCUCUGUUGCUGCUGAACCUUUACUACAUAAGGUCCCAGGUGUUCAACAAGUUCAAAAUGUUCAACAAUUGCAAGAUAUUCAACGAGUCUCAGGUGAUCCACAAGUUCAAGGUGCUCUAUCUUUAUCUCAUCCACAACAGAUUUCAAUCACUACUGAAUCUACUCGUUAUGCACAAACACCAAUUUAUGGUCGAAAAAAAAAAGAAAAUGAUUUACUUAUUAAAGAAAAUUUAAAUUUAUUGUCCGAACAAUCGGUUGAAUUUAAAAAAGAUUUGGUUCAACAAAGUCUUUUAAUUGAACGACAUGAAAACUUAUUUAUGAAAUUAAUUGUUCCGAUGUUUGAAGAUUUAUUUGGUGUAACUGCAUCCCAAAAUCAGGACAAAAAAGGAAAUAUACUUGAUCCUGAUCGUAAACUUAAACUUGAACGUUAUCUUAUUCAAAUGAAGAAAAUAAAAGAAGGUGAAGAAGAUUUUAGAUUAAUUGGCGUGUAUGCAUCUGAUAGUAAAACAUGGUCAUGGGAUGAUCUCUCCCAUUUCUUAUCAAAGAAAUGUGUUAUCUAUGGUGAUUUUAAUGUUGACAUUAUGCAGGAUAGAAAAAAAGCUGAAAUAUUACUUCAAUGGGCUGAUGAACAAUUUCUAGCUCAAGCUCUAUCGAAUUCUCCGACUUCUUUACGAUCUGAUAGAGUAAUCGAUUAUGCAUUUGUUCGAGGUCUAAAUCUUGAUAUUCAAGUUUUUAAUGGAAAUACAACUAGUGAUCAAUUAGGAGAAAAUAUUCACUGGAAAGUAUGUUUCUUUAAAAAAAUUGCUAAAAAAGAACUUAAUCUUCUUUUUUCUUCUCAACUUGAUAAUCUUCUUCGUCUUCGUAAUGCUCCUUCUUCAUCAUCUAUCUGGUUUUGGUAUAGAAGUAAACGUUUUCUCAAACCGUCAUCCUCUUCUCUACAUGCUCUUAUUGAUUCAUCAGGACAAAUUGUCAAAGAAAGUGAUCAUAUGUGUAAUGUAGCAGCUGAUUAUUACGAAGAUUUUUUUAAAGCAUCAUAUAUUGUUAGACCUCACCCAUAUACUGAUUCACCUCCAAUUGAAUAUGAUAAUAAUAAUGAAUUUAUUCUUGAAGUAACACUUGAUGAACUUAUAAAUACUGUUCUAGCUAAAAAGGAAAAAAAAUCUCUAGAUGCUCAUGGUAUUUCGAAUUAUAUGUUUAAUUUUCUUGAUCUUAAUUACUGGUCUUUAUUGUUAAAACUGUAUAAUCAUUCUUUUCAAAAGUCAGUUUUACCUUCCGCAUGGAAAGAUACCCAAAUGAUAUUAUUAGCUAAAAAAGAUUCCAUUUGUCCACCGUCUUUAACUCGUCCCAUCUCACUUCUUGAUUCAUUUCAAAAGAUAGUUCGUCAAUCAUUAAGAACACGUACAAUCGAACCAAGACCAGUAGAUAAUACAUAA